CUCAGCUGGACCUUCCCUCUUUCAUUCCAUUUAUCUGCUGUCCGAAAAAUCGGAACUUUUUCACCAAUUCUUGUGAAGUUUCCUGUGGUUUUAACUUUCCAAUCGCAGACGUACCUGAUUCUUUUGACGUUGACGUCAACGGCGCUCUUUCUCUGUGAUAAACCUAAGAACCAUUGUACAAAUUUGAAUAAUUUCACCGUACUCUAAAAUUUCCGUGUCUCUUCAUCAUAAUUUGCAUUUACAAUAUUUCACUCAACUCGUUGUCCCGGAGAUAUUUCAACCAAGCAUCAAGAUCAAAACAGCAAGAUUUCAAUGUACUCUUCUUCUCAAACUUCCUGUUUUUGAAGCUUACUCACCUCUUUUUGGGUUUUGGAAAGCUCGUUGUAUCUCUUUCAGAUUAUGCCAAAAAUCUCCCUCACUUGAUUGAAUUUGGUGCUGAUCUACGAGACUACGAAGAGAGAAUUGGGUUUGUGGAGUUUCGCUGUUUGUUUGAAGUUUAAUUUCGAUACUUACUUCUCUGAGUUUUGAAAUUUAUUUCAGUUUUCUUAGUUUCUGCCUUGUGAUUUUGAGACUAUUUGGCGAAGAAACCGCAUCCUUAGGAAAUUUGCAGGAAGUGGGUUUUCCCAAAUUAGCUAUUUGGGUAUUGGGUUCAAUAUCUGCUUGGUUAGGAGUACUAACUUAAAUUUGACUUCAACCUCUUAAGAAUUGUAGAAUUUGGAAACUACUUUGGGUUCUUACGUAUACAGUUAUUGAGCUCCUUUUGUACAUUUCUUAAGCUUAGAAUCUUCGUUUGGAGAAAUUUAGGAUACCAAAAGAUGACGAUUGGAAAUGUUGCACCUAAGGAGGAGAGGGAGUCACGAAAGGCCAAAGCAAUUUUUGAUGAGAAAGCCCCCUUAUUGCCUAGGAGGCAAGAGGAAGAUGUUCGGUUCGAUGAGUUUCCUGGUGCUUCCUUUACUGGCGCAGUGUUCAAUCUAUCUACCACAAUUAUCGGUGCCGGGAUCAUGGCGUUGCCGGCGACGAUGAAAGUGUUGGGACUUGGUCUUGGGAUUGCCAUGAUAAUCUUUAUGGCUGUUUUGACCGAUGCUUCAAUCGAGAUGUUGCUUAAGUUUAGCCGGGCAGGAAAGUUGGCUUCUUAUGGAAGUCUUAUGGGGUAUGCCUUUGGAAAAUAUGGGAGAACAUUCUUGCAGAUAUGUGUUGUAAUAAACAACAUUGGCGUACUCAUUGUGUACAUGAUUAUUAUCGGCGAUGUGCUUUCUGGAACAACUUCAAGUGGAGUUCACCAUGCAGGUGUCCUUGAAGGGUGGUUUGGAGACCACUGGUGGAAUGGGCGUACCUUUAUUCUCUUCGUCACCACGCUUUGUAUAUUUUCUCCAUUGGCAUGCUUUAAGCGAAUUGAUUCAUUGAGGUACACAUCUGCUUUAUCAGUUGCCCUGGCUGUAGUGUUUCUUGUUAUUACUGUUGGAAUUUUUAUCAUGAAGUUGAUAAGUGGAGGCAUUACGAUGCCUAGAUUGCUACCUGAUGUCAGUGAUCUUCCGUCAUUCUUCAACAUCUUCACUGUAGUCCCUGUUCUCGUCACUGCUUAUAUCUGCCACUAUAAUGUUCACAGCAUAGACAAUGAACUUGAAGACUCUACGCAGAUAAAAGGGGUUGUGCGAACUUCACUUGCCCUGUGCUCAUCUGUGUACAUAAUGACGAGCUUGUUCGGGUUCCUUCUGUUUGGUGAUGCAACUUUAGAUGACGUGCUUGCCAACUUUGACACCAACCUUGGGAUUCCUUACGGUUCCUUGCUUAAUGAUGCUGUUCGUGUCAGCUAUGCUGCUCACCUUAUGCUUGUAUUUCCCGUUGUCUUCUUUCCAUUGCGGCUCAACUUGGAUGGCCUCAUCUUUCCCUCAUCAAGGCUAUUGGUUCUCGACAAUUGUAGGUUUGCAUUGAUCUCAAUUGGGCUUAUUGCUCUUAUCUUCAUAGGUGCAAAUUUUAUACCCAGCAUUUGGGAUGCUUUUCAAUUCACUGGAGCGACUGCUGCAGUCUGUCUCGGGUUCAUUUUUCCUGCUGCCAUUACUCUUAGGGAUAAUUACAGCUUAGCAACAAAGAAGAACAAGAUCGUGGCUGUUUUUAUGAUAGUCCUUGCAGUCUUCUCCAAUCUGGUGGCCAUAUAUAGUGAUGCUUACGCCUUGAUUAAGAAGAGCCCAUCUCCCCGUGAAUGAUCACCCAUGUCGCUCAUGUCAUGCUUGAAAGAAGGAACCUUGUGGCAGGUUUAUUUGGAGGCCAAUCAGAAAAACCAGAGUUAAAUUAUGGUUAUAGUAAAUCAGCCUACUGUUCAUUGGACUAAGGAACUAUGCCAAAUAAGUGUAUGGAGAUGCAUGCCGAUUUGAGAUUUGUGGGCAUUGUUGGCUUGCGUUCUGCUCGAUAUUGGAUGUUGUAGGUCAUGAUCAAGUUGUAGAAAUGCAAACGUGCGUUAUGGAUAUGUCAUUUGUAUCUCUUUCUUUCUUUUCUUUCUCCUAGUAUGUGUUUCAAACCUUCUGUGUGAUAGGAGGUUUCACUUGCAAAAGAACCA